GUACGGCAGUUUGGACGCAUGCGCUUAGAAUUGUUGCAGCGGGUCUUCGAGAGGGAAGUGGCGUUUGUACGAGGAGGGGGCGUUGGCCCGCCCGGAAGUGAAAUCGGCCGCUCGCCGAACCGAGAUGCGACUGUCGGGGCAGAGCUGGUGGUGCUAGGCCUAGCCGGGUCGUGCAGCUGGGCGUGGGGCGAGAAAGAAGAAAGGAUCCUCCAUGGUCUUCUCAUUCACAGGUUAAAGCUACCUUUCCAGAUAUUUCAACUAAGUCACCAGUUUCCAAGGGCAUUUGCCACCUACGGAAAACAUCAGAUUCGAGUACACCAGAUGUCCUUGACAACUCAUCCCACCACAAAAUUUGCUCCACCAGCGGACAACAAAGGCAACCACUGUGUUUCUUUCCAUUACCAAGUAGAUAUAAUAUCCCUGCCAUCAAGACAGAAUACACAAAGUGUCUCCUCGCAGUAUCGUAACCAGUUGAGACCACGCUAAGAAAGUCAGCUUGCCUGGAGGAAGACCCCUUCUCUUCUUGGGUAGACACAGUUUGAAGGAGAAACUCUGACCUGUGCCACUGGAGGCUACUGGAGAGUGUGCAUCACCAAAACAAAAGAGCAAGUCUAAAGAAGAAGGCUUGGCAUCCUGAAGACAAGAUCUCACAAAGGAAUGCAAUGAAGGAAAGUCAGGAUGGCUACCAUGUCAACAAAAUUCACGCGUCCGGGACUUGCCAGGGCUCCAAAGCUGAUGCCCGCGGUGGCACCGACUGGCGAAUGGAUUGGGAUCCCGAGAUGCACGUGAAAAUGUGCAAGAAGAUCGCCCAGCUCACCAAGGUGAUUUACGCACUCAACACCCGCCAGGAUGAAGCGGAGGCCAGCAUGGAGGCUCUGCGGGAAGCCCACCGGGAGGAGCUCCAGAAGGCCGUGGCGGAGACCGAGGCCAGGCUCCUGCGGGAACAGGGCCACGCAGAGGAGGAGGCCCUGCUCCAGCGCAUUCGGGCCCUGGAGAACGCCUUGGAGCUGCAGAAGAGGCUGACCCAGGAGGCGCUGGCUCAGUCGGCCACGUGCAGGCUGGAGACCAAAGAAAGGGAGCUGAGGGUGGAGGCAGAGCAUGCCGAGCGGGUCCUCACCCUCUCCAAGGAGAUGCUGGAGCUCAAGGCCGACUAUGAGAAGAGGCUCCGGCACCUGGCGAGCCACGAGACGCCCCAGUGGGGCCAGCUUUCCCAGGAGGGCCCGGAGCCCAAGGGAGAGCCAGGCCACGGCCACGAGAUGCGGGACGUCCUCCUGGAGGUGGAGAGGCUGCGAGCGGAAAACCAGCAGCUGAGCAAGGACUACGCCAGGAAGGCUGAGGAGCUGCAGGCCACCUAUGAGCGGGACACCGAGGCCAUCCGGCAGGCCAUGCAGCAGUCCGUGAGUGAGGCCCUGUGGCAGUGGCAGGAGAAGGAGACGGACCUCCGCAAGAACUUCCAGGUCCAGGAGUCGGCCCUGCAGGCUCAGGUCAGGAAGCUAGAAGGGGAUCUGGAGCACAGGGGCCGCAAGAUAAGUGACCUGAAGAAGUAUGCCCAGAAGCUGAAGGAGAGGACUCAGGACCUAGAUGUGCAGCUCAAGGAGGCUCGGCAGGAGAACUCUGAGUUGAAAAGUACUGCAAAAAAACUCGGGGAGAAGCUGGCCAUUGCCAAAGACAGACUGAUGCUGCAGGAACGUCAUGUAACACCGAAAACCGAUGAAAUGAAGACAGAGCUAGUUGCAGAGAAUGAAGUCCUAGGGAAGGCGAAUGACCUAGAAGGCCGCAGUCUCCAUCCUCAGCAGGACCCGAACUUUCCCAAGGAGUGUCCAUGUACCAAAGGAGGCCCAGAGACACAGACCAAGAAAGAGGCAAGUAUUGAGACGGAAUAUAUGAAGAAGCAAUAUGAAGAAGACCUUCGUAAAAUCAAACAUCAGACAGAAGAGGAGAAGAAACAUCUCAAAGACCAGCUAGUGAAGCGCCUGGAAGACUUGGUAAAGAAGCACGCCAUAGAAAUCAAAUCGGUUCGCUCUUCGGUGGAGGCCGAGAGGAGGAAGCUGCAGAAGGAAGUAGAAGCACAGUUGGAGGAAGUGAAGAAGAAAUCAGAAAAUGAAAUCAAGCAGCUGGAAGAAGAGAAAACAGCCCUAAAUGUGAAGCUCCAGAAUUCUCUGCUCGAGGUUUUAAGACUGGAAGAAUUUAUCCAACAGAAUAAGGUACAUCCCCGGAGAGGCAAAGAAAGGCCCCAGGAAUUGGACCGCCAGCACUGUAGUAUUUUAGAGACCCAGGAUCCAUGCUCGAAGCUGAAUAAACCUCAGACCCCUCCCAAAGGAGAAGAGUACCAGGAUAAGUUAGCAGCUGAAGAAGGAACCAGCAGUGAUGAAGAAGAAAGGAUCAAAGUGCCCCUCAAGGAAGGAGAUGGCCUGCAACCUCCACUGAGCUCUUUGGUGGAGGAGAAGGCACCCGACAUCCAGCGUCUGCAGGAGGAGUGGCAAAGCCAGAAGGCCAGAUUGCAAGCCCAGGUCUCCCAGAUGCAGCAGGCUCUGGAGCAGUGUGCCAGCAGCUACCGGGAGGACCUGCAGGAGCUCAAGCAACUCUCCGACCACGAAAGGGAGAAGCUGCAGCACGAGCUCCAGGAGACCGUUCAGCAGAACCAGGCCAUGAAAGCCCAGCUCGAGGCCUCCCACCAGCGAGCCUUGCGCAUGCUUGAGAAGGCCAAAAAUCAAGAACUCAAGGCCGCAGAGGAGCGCCUGAAGAAGGAAGCCAGCCACAGCCUGCAGAUCCAGCACCAGGCGCACCGGCUGGAGCUCCAGGCCCUGGAAGAAAAGGCCCGGCAGGAGCUCCAGGGAGAGCGGGAGAGGACGCAGGCUCAGCAGGCUCUCGUGUUAGAGUCCCUGAGGCAGGAGCUGUCAGAGCAGCGGGCCGCCUGCUCUGGGCACCAGAAAGACCUGGAGGUGCUGCAGGCCGAGCUGAGGGCUCUGGGCAGCUUGGGCAAGUCGCAGGCCACCGCCCAGUGUCCAGGGGACCACGAGGACCGCGCCGUCGCUGCAGAGGACGCGGGCGGCCCGGGCCAGGCGGGCUCCCCGAAGGGCGCCGCGGAGCCGGGUCCGAGCGAGGGCUGCGACCCCUGGGAGGAGAACUCGCAGCUCAAGGACGCAGUGCAGCGGCUGCGGGCCGAGGUGGAACAGCAUCAGCAGGAGGCGCUACAGCUCCGCGAGCAGCGCAGGCUGCUGGAGGAGGAUCAGCAAGCCCAACGGGCCCGGGAGGUGGAGAAGCUACGCCAGGAACACCGGAAGGAGAUGCAGGCCAUGGUGGCGGAUUUCAGCAGUGCACAAGCCAGGCUCCAGGCCCGGCUGGCUGCCCUGGAAACUGAACUGAAGGAUUCCGGAGAGAAACCAGGGAAGGGGGCGUCCAGGCCAGAGGACGUUCAGCUCAUAGGCCGCCUGCAGACCCGCCUGAAGGAGAGAGAGGAGAUCAUCAAGCAGCUCAUGGAGGAGAGAAGAUUUCACUGUGCAGCCUUCCCCAGCGCCAUGUCCCAUCGGAACCGGUCUUUCUCUUUCAACCCUCACCCAGGAUACUUGACCCCCUCCAUGAAGAAAAAGAAGCUGGAGGAAGUGCCCAGCCGAGUGGUCAGCGUGCCAAACCUGGCCUCCUACGCAAAGAACUUUCUGAGUGGUGAUCUGAGCUCCAGGAUCAACGCCCCUCCAAUAACGAAGUCACCCAGCUUGGACCCGAGCCCUGGCUGUGGCCAGCCUUACAAACCCACCCAGGCUCUAGAUGUGAAAACUGCCACAAGGACACAAGAUGGUGAAACAGCCCAACCCAAAGAAGUCCAGCAGAAACAGGGCUCUGCCCACCAGGAAUGGUUUACCAAGUAUUUCUCUUUCUAAACUGAGUCUCAGGAUUCCAUCACCAAGAGGACACCUGAAACAAUGUAAAGCAUCUGACUGAAGGAAUGAACUAAAAAACCAAAUUAACUUGCUUGUGACACGAUUUAUAUAUAAUAGCCAAAACAAAUUUUGGCAUUAACAUUUCAUACUGUUUCAUUGUGAAACCAGUGCUUAAACAAAAUUCUUGACAUUAAGGUGAAAAACAAAACAACAUAAACCAGUGUUAUCAAAAUGCACCCACAGAAAAUAUUAAUGUUACUGAUGACCCUCACAUUGUAUUUCUAGUGUCCAUAAGAUUUCAUUCCACUUUGUGGAAUAUCAAGCUUUGUGAUUUCCAUGAUCUACUUUAAAAGUGGUUUCACUUGUCCUUAGAAUGCUAGUCAUCUCCACCUGAAAAGUAUUUCUGUGUAAAUGACAGAAUUACAAAAUGCACAUUCAACCUCACUAGGAAGAAGAAUAAAAGUUCGAAAUACUCAUAAAAACCAAUUACAAACACAAAACAAGGCAAAACUAGGAGUGGAUGACAGCAGCCCUUGGCACACUUCGCCUGAGUGCUCUGACUUCCUAAGUCCAGGACCUGAAGUAGACGAGAGAGGGGAUAACACCUACCUCAAAAGGGUUUUGGAGAAGUAAGCAAAAUAGGAUAGGUAUGAUACCAAUCACGAGCUGGAAUUAACCACUGCCAGAAUUUUUCUGUGAAUAACCGAGCCUCACUCUGUCAUAUGACUGUAGUUUCAACUUGGUCACUUGUGAAAGUUUCUAGAGUAUUCUUUGAAGUCAAAGAUCUACUGAGCCCAGUCUUUGGGCCUGGGCCCUUUGCCUCAUGGUGCAUUGCUUCCCCAUCACAUGGAUGCUCAGUACUGUAAGGGAAUCGGGACUGGCCAUUCAUGGUGCUGACCCAUGUCAGUCCACACUGAAUAGUCUGACCUUCUGAUGGAGCAGUGUGAUUUGACAAGACUCAAUACAAUUUGGGCAAAAUAUGUUCUCAAUCCUUUGGUGCUGGCCCCACACGUGGCCAUAAACAUUUAUUCUAUGCACUGUCAAAUCUUUGCUCUUUGAAUAAAACUUUAAACUGGGCAAUUAAAAAUGGCUGUGACUUGUAUUGUUUU